UGAAACAUCACUAGAUAGUUGCGUUACGUUACGGGUUUAGUGUUUACCUCGAGUUUAUUUGAAAAAAUUGUGAUAAUUUACAAGUGUGUUAUUUGAAGUGAUAAGGAAAAUACGGAGGUUGUAGAAGGCCACAGAAAUGUUUAUAGACGAAAAUGAGACGCCGGAGACAUGGUGGUUGUCGGCGGUGCUCAAGACCAUCAGGACAGUGACACUAGUGUUCGACAUCCUCACCUUUCCCAUACAUCUAUUGCUGCAAAGGCCAUGGAGGAAACGCGCGCUAUCGCGUCGAAUUAAGGCGCGCAUAAUCCAAACGACGGCGGGCAGCGUGUCGGUGCGGUCGGUGUCGGCGCCGGGCGAGCUGCACGUGCGGCUGGUGCGCGACGGCGUCCUCACCAUGGAGAGCAUGCUGCGGGCCGCCGCGCAGCGCUGGGGCUCGCGCCGCUGUCUCGGCACGCGCACCGUGCUCGGGGAGGAGGACGAGCCGCAGCCCAACGGCAGGCUCUUCAAGAAGUUCAACAUGGGCGACUACGUGUGGAGGUCAUACACGGAGAUGGAACUGGAGGCGCGUCAGUUCGCUGGUGGACUGCGGGCGCUGGGCUGCGAGCCGCGCCGCAACAUCGCCAUGUUCGCAGAGACGCGCGCCGAGUGGAUGAUCGCCGCCCACGGCUGCUUCAAGCUCAGCAUACCAGUGGUGACAAUCUACGCAACUCUCGGCGACGACGCAAUCGCUCACGGCAUCAACGAGACAGAGGUCUCCACGGUGAUCACCACGCACGAGCUGCUGCCCAAGUUCAAGAAGAUCCUCGCCAAAACGCCCAAAGUGGACACCAUCAUAUACAUGGAGGACCAGCUGCUGACCGUCGACAGGGAGGGGUACAAGCCCGGCAUCAGGAUCGUGGGCUACAAGGAGGUGGUGCAGAAAGGAGCAGAUUCCAAGUUUGAGCCUGUCCCCCCAACAUCAUCGGACACUGCCAUCAUCAUGUACACAUCCGGCUCCACUGGCGUUCCCAAGGGUGUGAUCCUCUCGCACCGCAACAUGCUGGCAACACUCAAGGCUUUCGCAGAUGUGGUGCCGAUAUAUGAAGACGAUAUGCUCAUGGGAUUCCUACCGCUCGCUCACGUGUUCGAACUCUUGGCUGAGAGUCUUUGCAUUAUUGGAGGUGUUCCAAUUGGGUACUCGACACCGCUGACUAUGUUGGACUCAUCCAGCAAAAUCAUGAAAGGCACUAGCGGUGACGCCACCGUCCUCAAACCCACCUGUAUGACCACCGUACCGCUAAUCAUGGACCGCAUCAGCAAAGGCAUCACGGAUAAAGUGUCCCGUAGUGGACCGUUCGCGAGCGCUUUCUUCCGCUGGGCGUACUCGUACAAACAGACUUGGAUGCGACGAGGAUAUGACACGCCCAUACUAAACAAGAUUGUGUUCAGCAAGAUCCAGGGCCUGCUGGGCGGGCGGCUGCGGCUGCUGCUGGCGGGCGGCGCGCCGCUGGCGCCCGACACGCACCUGCAGCUGCGGAUCUGUCUGUGCUGCGACGUGGUGGCCGGCUACGGGCUCACAGAGACCACCUCCUGCGCCACCGUCAUGGACGCGCACGACCGCUCCACCGGCCGAGUCGGCGCGCCCACCGCCGGCACCACGCUGCGGCUGCUCGACUGGCCCGACGGCGGGUACCGCGCCACCAACAAACCCUUCCCGCAGGGCGAGAUCGUGAUCGGAGGCGAUUGCGUUGCUGAAGGCUAUUACAAGAACCCACAGAAGACCCGCGAGGAAUUCAUCGAGGAGGACGGAAUCCGCUGGUUCAGGUCCGGAGACAUCGGCGAGUUGCAUCACGACGGCUGCAUUAAGAUCAUUGACCGCAAGAAGGAUCUGGUGAAGUUACAAGCCGGCGAGUACGUGUCCCUCGGAAAGGUGGAGGCGGAGAUGAAGACGUGCCCGAUCGUGGAGAACAUCUGCGUGUACGGCGACAGCUCCAAGACGUACACGGUGGCGCUGCUGGUGCCCAACCCGCGCCACCUCACCGAGCUAGCCGCCAGGAUCGGACUCCCGGAGAUGGACUUCGACCAGCUCUGCCAGAACACCGCCAUCGAGAAGGCAGUCGUCAAGGAGCUGGCCGACCACGCCAGGAAAUGCGGACUGGAGAAGUUCGAAGUGCCCGCGGCUGUGAAGCUGUGUACGGAGGUGUGGUCCCCGGACAUGGGGCUGGUCACGGCCGCCUUCAAGAUCAAGCGGAAAGACAUCCAGGAGCGGUACAAGGAGGACAUCAAGCGGAUGUACGCCUCCUGAACGCUCCCCCGCCUCUACACCGUGCGACCUGCUCACCGGCGACACUCCUCCGGUCCAACAGUUCUCGGAGACCAGGGAGGAAGAGCCUCGCUGGUCUCCAGCACUGAUGGGGUCGCGCCCUACGCUCCCCC